UCCCAUUCUUGGGGUCUGUCCAGCAGUCAGGCUGGUGCACCAAAAGACAUGGACAGGAAUGUUCACAUCAGCUCUCUUUGUCAUAUCUAUAGUCUGGAAAGCACCCAAGUGUCAGUAGCAGAACAGAUAAAAUAAUUAUGGGCUUAUCCACACAAUGGAUUACAUGCUACUAUGACAAUGGAUUAAACAUUGCUGCAUAUGCUGGCAGCCAUACUUUUGUUAGGCCAAAGAAACAGGAACAAAAGAUACAUUAUCAUUCCAUUUCUAUUUGAAGUUCUAGAUCAGGGAAAACCAGUCUAAGGUGCUGGACAUCAGAAUGCUUUAGGGGGAGGGAGGACAUGGGGAGGUACAGGAGGGGGUCUUCUGGAGAGAUGGAAAUAUUCUAUACCUUGAUCUGAGUGGAGAUUGUGGGAAUAUAGAUUCUGUACACAGUCAUCAAACCAACCACUAGAGAUUUGUACACUUAACAGUAUGGGAGUUACACUUCAAUAAUUAAAAAAAAAAAAAAAGUAGCUCCCUAUUUCAGCCCAUGUGUGGAUUUCCAGGCUCCUAUUCUCAGAAGAUCCUGUGUGGUCAGGACUCUGAUGCUUAAAAAGAUAGGGCCAAGCUGUUGAAUCCCAGCCAUUGCUCUCCCCUACCCCCCAUUCCCUCAAUGGGUUGAUUUGCAUGUCUUGUUGUGGUCCAGUGACCUCCCCCACCACGUGCCUUGAGCACCUGAGGCUCUGCCCAACAAAACCACUCUCCAUACUUUCUUGCUGCUAGUCAUGACCCACUGGUGCCUGGUCCUCCUUCUGACUGAGGUCCUCCUGGCAGCCUCUCAGUCAACCCCGUCCCAGCCAGAUGCACUGCUGGUCUUCCCAGGCCAAGUGGCCCAACUCUCCUGCACAUUGAGCCCUGGUCAUGCCACCGUCGGGGACUAUGGAGUGUCUUGGUACCAGCAGCGGGCUGGCAGCGCUCCUCGUUACCUCUUCUACUAUCGUUCAGAGGAGGAUCACCACCGGCCCCCUGAUACUCCUGAUCGAUUCUCAGCAGCCACGGACACAGCCCACAACGCCUGCAUCUUGACCAUCAGCCCAGUGCAGCCAGAGGAUGAUGCUGAUUAUUACUGCUCUGUGGCCUACUAGCCUAGGGAUAGAGUGCCAGAUGAAUGCUUCCAGUCUGCUUUCCACUUUUGCUCCUAUUUUCGGCUCCACUUUCUCUGAGCCUUGAUUUUUCUGCUCUGUAAAAUGGCUAAUAAUAUUAAAAUGCCAAUAAAAUCCAUUAAA